UGAUGACAAUUGAAAUUUCACCAUACUGUGUGGGUCAUGUACAGUGACAGGGAAAUGAGAGUGGGGACAGACUGAGAACAGAUGGGCGAGAAGAUGAGCUGUGAACCUUUGACUCGCUCUGAGGUGUUUGGACAGCUCAGGAGGGAGCUCUAUGGAGAGGAGCAGUCCCGUCAUUCCAGCACACAUGUAUUCAUCAUCCUGGGAGCCUCUGGGGAUCUCGCUAAAAAGAAGAUUUAUCCAACUUUAUGGUGGUUAUUCAGAGACGGCUUGCUCCCAGAUGACACCUACUUUGUGGGUUUUGCCCGGUCCAAGCUGACCGUGGAGGACAUCAAGACAGCAUGUCUGCCUCACAUGAAGGUCACUGAUGAAGAGAGCGAGAGUCUCUCAGCCUUCUUCAGUAAGAACUCCUACCUGAGCGGCAAGUAUGACGACGACGCCUCUUUCGCUCAACUCGACGCUCAUCUGUCGUCUCUGCCCGGGGGAGCUGACGCCAACAGGCUCUUCUACCUGGCGCUGCCGCCCACCGUCUACCACCACGUCAGCACCAACAUCAGAACCCACUGCAUGAGCAGCAAAGGCUGGAGCAGGGUGAUUGUUGAGAAGCCCUUCGGCCGUGACCUCCAGAGCUCACAGGAGCUGUCGGCCCACCUGUCCUCCCUGUUCACAGAGGACCAGAUCUACCGCAUAGACCACUACCUGGGCAAAGAGAUGGUCCAGAACCUCAUGGUGCUCAGGUUUGGAAAUCGCAUCUUUGGACCCAUAUGGAACAGGAACAGCGUGGCCUGUGUCGUCCUCACCUUCAAGGAGCCUUUUGGCACUCAGGGCCGCGGAGGAUACUUUGACGACUUUGGUAUCAUUCGAGAUGUCAUGCAGAACCAUCUCCUCCAGAUGCUCUCUUUGGUUGCCAUGGAGAAACCUGCCUCCACCAGCCCAGAUGACGUGAGGGAUGAGAAGGUGAAGGUGUUGAAGUGUAUAGCUCCUGUUGCUGCGUCAGACGUUGUGCUCGGCCAGUACGUGGGGGACCCUAAGGGCGAGGGCCACUCCAAGCUGGGUUACCUUGACGAUCCUACCGUACCAAAAGGCUCCUGCACGCCAACAUUUGCCACCGCUGUGCUUUAUGUCCAGAACGAAAGAUGGGAUGGCGUUCCUUUCAUUCUCCGCUGCGGUAAAGCUCUGAAUGAACGGAAGGCAGAGGUGCGUCUGCAGUUCACAGACGUGCCAGGAGACAUCUUCGACGAGCGCUGUCAGAGGAACGAGCUGGUGGUGCGGGUGCAGCCGGAUGAAGCCAUUUACCUGAAGAUGAUGACCAAGAGGCCCGGGGUUUACUUCAGCCCAGAGGAGACGGAGCUGGACCUCACCUACAAGAGCAGAUACAAGAACGUGAAGCUCCCAGAUGCUUACGAGAGGCUGAUACUGGAUGUCUUCUGUGGAAAUCAGAUGCACUUUGUCCGCAGUGAUGAGUUGCGGGAGGCCUGGAGGAUCUUCACCCCCCUCCUCCACCAGAUCGAGGGAGAGAAGAAACAGCCCAUCCCUUACACAUAUGGAGGUCGUGGUCCAGAGGAGGCGGAUGACCUCGUGAGGAGGGUGGGAUUCCGCUAUGAGGGAACAUACAAGUGGGUGCAGCCCCACAUGACAUGAUGCCAUCUCUCAUACUCGUGCACACACACACACACACACACACACACACACACACACACACACACACCACUGUAGGAAAAUUUACAAACAAUAAAGUUUACUGCAAUCUUUCA